GUGGGUGGUGCCCCUGCUGCCUCGCCAUCCCACGCGCUGCCUUCCACCAUCGCUAGAUUAUCCAACUUCUGUUGGAAAUAUACGAAUUAUUCUAAUUUUAUCAUAUUCUACUCGGAGGCAUAAUUCAUAGUUGUUUACUAAUGCAAAGUGAUCUACCGCUAGCAGCAUGCUAUAACACAUAAUCGAUAAGAAUGACAUGAACUCAUAGUCAAGAUUGAUGAAUAAAACGACUAGAUACAGUUACGACUUGUAGUCAUGCAGACCGAAGAGGAAGUUGUUGGGUUGAUGAAGUCGAGCUUCCGCAAGGGUGAUCUGAUCAAUGUCGAGGAAGCAACUCCUUAGAUGUAGUCAAAGUAAAGUCGAAGUGGCAGUGCACGAGCAGUCGUACAGUUGCGCUGUCCAGAAACCUCAUUGCCACCCCUCGUACAGGCUUCACGACAGCAACGGUUCAGAGAUACCACUCACCCUCAACCUCGGUGCACACCAAGGAGAGGGUCGGCGAGGUUCAGUAGCUCAACAAAAAACAUAGCAAAUUUUGAUGAGAGAAAGAUGAAUAGGAUUGAUUUGCUCGCUGCCUUGUUGCCUCACAAAAAACUCUACGUGCCAGGACAUCUCCAGGACUUAUAUAGGCAGCGGUACCUUACCAGUAAUGGCUGUAAUUAUCCUCAAUAAACAGCCAUAAACAUCACUAGUAACCACUUAAUAAACAGCUACAAAUAGCACUAGAGACCACUGAAAUAAAAAACAAUUAACCUCAUUAAUUUCACUUAUGGCUGACACAAAUAGAAAGAGAAAUAGCUUUGGAAUUUUCAAAAUUAGAUCUCUUAAUAAGCCAAAUUCUAACAACUUCCACAGCAGCGGCCACCAAAUCCCCAAAAAUCCUGACCCCUGACCCUUACCUAAACCGAGAUAGCCGGAGUUGCAAACCUCCCUGGAGAAAAAGGUCAGACCACGAAUCUUCAAGCGCGUCUCACGAUACAAAAUUCACAUUAUUUCAGCCCCAAAAAUCAUUCGAACGAUGUUUAGCAAUUCCGAAGUUUUAAUCCUCAUGAUUCGUUAGGCUCUAUGUUAUGAAAUUGUGGUAGUGUCACGUACAUUGCUUUUGAUAGAUAUCCUAGUAUCCCUUACGGCAAAUACGGUGUAUAAAUAGAAAGCAUCGAGGCGACUUGCUCCGCCAGACCGCACAUGCAGGAUAGACAGAGUAAGUCAAGCGCGCAUGUACUGAAGAAUAACUGCACGGGAACGCGUCCACCAGUAUGGCUACCGCCACCGCCGCCAGCUUCUUGCACCGGUGCCUCGUCGUGCUCGUCAUCCUCACAACCGCCGUUCACUCGCUCCUGCAAAUCAUGCCGGGCAACGCGGCCGGCGACGGAUUGUGCAUACCGCGCGAGAGGGACGCCUUGCUGGCCUUCAAGCAAGGUAUCGCCAGCGACCAGGCAGGCCGCCUCAACUCAUGGCGGCGAGAUGACCGUGAGCAGGACUGUUGCCGGUGGAGAGGCGUCCGGUGCAGCAACCGGACUGGCCACGUCUGCGAGCUUCAACUCCGCAACACAACUCAGAUGGAUUGUGUGUUUAUCUAUGAAUACAUGACCUGUCAAUCAGUCAUUGUGAUUCACACAGAAAUUGCAAGCAGCAACGUUGGGAAGACGUCCAUUGUUGUGACUCAUGCAGAAAGUUUUUAUAAACAGAGUAUCUCACCUUUUUCGUGAUUUAUUGUUGCUGGAACAGCUAAAGGAAGGACUUGAAGGCCGUAUACAUCUCAUGCUAGCAGGAGCAGCACCUUUGCCAAGGCAAAUCGAAGAGUUCAUGCGGGUAACCAGCUGCAGUGUCUUUGUACAAGGAUAUGACACGCCCCGGGGUGAGAUCUGCUUGAGGGACCACACCUUGUUCUCUGGGUACUACAAGCGCCCUGACCUCACUGAAGAAGUGUUCUCAGAUGGCUGGUUCCAUACAGGUGAUAUUGGAGAGUGGCAACCCGAUGGGACGAUGAAGAUCAUCGACAGAAAGAAGAACAUCUUCAAGCUAUCCCAGGGAGAGUAUGUAGCAGUUGCGGUCCUGGAAAGCGCAUACACACAGUCCCGUCUCGUCGCAUCGGUUUGGGUCUAUGGGAACAGCUUCGAGUCAUUCCUUGUUGCUGUGGUUGUCCCUGAGAGGCAAGCUCUUGAGGAAUGGGCGGCAGCAAACAAGAAGCCCGGUGACUUUGCAGAGCUGUGCAAUGAUCCGAAAGCAAGAGCGUACAUUCAGGAUGAGCUGAACAAAACUGGAAAGAAACUCGGGUUGAGAGGCUUUGAGAUGCUGAAGGCAGUUCACCUAGAGCCGGUACCAUUCAGCAUAGAGAAGAACCUGAUCACACCAACUUUUAAGCUCAAGAGACCCCAGCUGCUCAAAUAUUACAAGGAUCGCAUUGAUCAGCUGUACAAGGAUGCCAAGGAGGGAAGAACUACAGUGUGAAAUAAUAUCAGCAAGUGGUUAUGAGCAUUGUGAUUCUUCAGAAGCGUGUACAUAUCAAUAAUACGAUUCAAGAGUUAACGCCUUUUUGUGGCAUGUUUCGAGGUGUAAGAACAGAGAGUUACUUGGCUAAGGAGCUGUGUGAUAGCUCAUACUGCUGUAAAUUUACUCCC